CCGUUCGGAUUUCCGGCUAUUGUAAUGCAUUUAAUACAUGUGAAACAAUUUGAAUGUCAUGAAAUAAUGAAAAAUGUUUUAGAGGAUUUAUUAAUUGAUGGAAAUUAAAACAAAUAUUUUAAUUUAAGACAGACCAACCAUGUCGGCAAACGAAAGUGAUAUGUGCCACAAGUGGAUGAUGGACCUUUAUAGAAAACAGAAUGUAACACUAGCCGAAGUAAACGACAGACUACUUCUUCGUUUUCUAGGAGGAAUAUGUUUUCUUUCUGUUUUAGUCGUUGCUGGUCUUAUUGGAAAUGCGCAUGUGCUGUACAUCUACUACCGGAAGUUCCGUCUGACGAAUUACCGAAUAUACGUUCUAUGGUUGGCGAUGUUGGACAUGUUUAACUGUGGGAUUAGUGCUCCUUGUGUUAUAUUCUAUUUGUUGCAUCCCGUUACAUUCCCGUCAGAAAUCUUCUGUAAGAUUUUUCGGUUCUUGCUCUACUUUUGUAACGUAGCGUCAACAGCUUCUCUUAUUCCCAUUGCAAUUGACAGAGGAAGAAAAAUCCUUUCGCCAUUAAAAUCCCAGAUUACAACGACCCAAGCCAAGAUGAUGUGUAUAAUGAGUCUUUUCGUUGGAUUGGUACUUUCCUGGCCGGCGCCUAUUCUAUUUGGAAUAUAUUCUGAGCGGACCGGAAUACCUGGACUAAAAGGACAACGUUGUUUAAUCGAAGAUAGAUACGUCAAAUCAAAAGAAGUCACAGUUUUCAAUAUGGUACAUUUCAUAUAUUUCUUUGUAGUUACGGCUUUACUGACCAUUGUGUAUUCAUUAAUCUCGCGUCAAAUGUGCAUCCACGGAAGUUUUCGGCAAAGUUUUCAACAGUCAUAUGCCGAUACGGAUAUUUCAAAAGAGAACGCACCACGACUAACUAGUAUACAAAGGUCAACAUUAACAUUACUGCUUGUGACAUUAGUGUAUAUACUAAGUGCUUUAGCAUAUCAUAUUUUAGCAUUGGUAUUUUUUUCAAGUCCUAACUUCGAUUGUAAUUUGAGUCUGCCAGGUGCCAUAGUAUAUUACACUUUUAUUUGGUCUUAUUUUAUUAACAGUGCGAUCAAUCCUUUUAUAUACGGUUUUCGGGAUUAUACCUUCCGGAAGGAAAUCAAACAGUUAUACAAUGGAUUGUAAUAAAUAAAAAAAAACAUGUCCAUUUUAUUAUAGCAUGUUUUAUUAUUUUGUUUCUUUAAAUUUAUAUAAACAGUAAGUAAAUGAAAUUGAAACUACUCGUUGUUU